UCAGCCGGUCCUCAGGUCAGAGUUUGACGGGGCGCCAUCACUAGUAAGUGAAAUAUUCCUCUUAUAACUUUAUCUAGGAGACGUCAGGAGCAGCUUGUGUUAUGUUUUGGUUGGAGGUGGAGCGUUGAGGUUUUCCUGCAGGUGUUUUUGUUUGGUUUGGUCCUUUAAAAACAGAGCUCCGACCCGCUGCACGUGUCCCGGCACCACUUUCUGUUCAUGUAAAACCAGUCCAGCGGUUUAAUCCUGGAACAGACAGAACAGCUUUCAAAUUUGUUUGUUCAAAAUAAAGAUGGCCGCCCUCACCAUCGUUGUUGUUGUUCUCCUCACCAUGGGACACUGAAACAGAGGUUUUCUGGUUUGUUUCCGCGACAACAAUCAAACAGAGUGAUUAAACUCUGACUGAGUGAGUGGAAACUCCGCCAUGAACAAACACCGUCUGAUAACCUCUAAAGUCUGACACCGUCUCUGUAUUCAGCUGCUGAGAGUAUCAGUGUAAGUCAACAGUGUUCAACUACAUUAUUACACACCUGUGACUGACGGCCUGACGGCCUGACGCCUUUAACAGAAACAUAAUCAGUCCAGUCAGGAUUAAAAUGAAGGUCUUCGUUUUGUUUCCCACUCUGGAGCUUUAAAAGAAAAACAAACCUUCGCAAAAACAGGAAAACUGGAACCACAGGGAGCGAAUACUCGACCCGGAGUAGACUGGUUUACAAAAAACUGAGAGUUACUAACUCCUGACUCACAUUUUUAAUCAAAUAUUUGCUUGUAUUUUGUAUUUAAAACAGUUUUUAAGUUCUUAUUAACGACAUAACGCCAUUCUUUAAAGAAAAGACAGACAGCCAUUUUGAGAGAAUCGGUGAUUCCUCCGAGUAUCCCCAGUUUGGUUGGUUUCUCUGCCAUCCUCAGGAGUCGUCUUCAGUCCUGUUCGCUGACAUCCAUCAUCCGGUUUUAGCUCAAAUGAAAACUUCUCCUCUCCUCCCUCCUCCAGAGCCCCGCCCUCCAUCCUCAUCAUCAUGCCCAUCAUCCGUCGAUCACGGGGCUCCUCUCCUCCGCCAUCCCUGUCUCCUCCCGCCACCGUCAUCUCCACCACCUCCUCUCACACCAACACCACCGUCCACCCAGCUGUUGGCGUCCUCAACGGCCUGCUGAAGGACAUCCCCUGUAAGUCUGCUACCACCUUCCUCCUCCAUGUGGUCCAGUAAUAUGCUGCGUUCUAGUUACCUUGGUUAGUUGGAUGUCGGAGCUGGGAAUGAUGUUACACUCAAGCUGACGGCGUUUUAGUAAACAAGUCAGAAAACCGAGAUGGACGCCUACUGUCAGCUGUUGUUAGCUGUUAUUAGUUGUUGUUAGCUAUACCAGCUGUAAACGACGAAUAACACAGUAUUUUACUCUUACAAACACCACAGCAGCGUGUUCACAGUUAGACGUUGGGCAGGACAACAUAAACCACUUAUUUAAUUUAACAAAAACGAAACAGAAGUGCUAAUAAAUAAAACAUUAUGAGAGCUUUCACUGUUACUUUUUACUGUUGAUGCACUGUGCUGCCAUCUUGGAUUAUGACGGUUGGCGAAGAUCGUCAGACUUUCCGAGUCAGAAAUCCAACUUCAGAAAUUCCGACUUCCGAGAACAACUUGAACACAGUAAUAGACCUGGUUAAAACGAUGCCUCUCAGUCUGCAUGGUCACCUUUGGUUACAUACUAACAGAUCAUCCUUCAGUAAGAAUCGUGCAGAUGUUCUGUCUGUGUUCCCUCGCAGUACCUCCAUGGGCGAUUUUCAUCAUCUUCUCACUCGGGCUCAUCGUGAUCGUGCUCUGCUGUCUGUGGGUCUGCAAAAAGUGCUGCUGCACCAGGAAGAAGAAGAAACAGCCGAAGAAGAAGGACCAAGAGAGGAUCAACCUGGACGGCGUGAACGGGAAGACGACCACGGCUCUGGUGAGUGGCGGCGGCCUCUGGUGAGAGAUCGUGAGCAGUGGUGGUUGAUCGACGUAGACGUAAAAUAAAGAGAGCUGCAAAACUGAAAACUGUAGACGUUGUUUCAUGUUUCACAGCUGUUAGAGUUCAGUCGGUGAAGAAAACAAAGUUAUUCCUGUGAACGUUUGAAAGUAAAUGAAAAAGUCAGUGUUGUUUUUCUUGUUUCUGCUGCCCCCCAGUGGCCAAAAAGUCUCAUAUCUCUCAAAAGGUCCUACAUGAAGGGUGAUAUUCAUAUUGUUAUGAGAAGGUGGAAACUGCUGUGAGUUAAUUGAGCUGUUGCUGGUUUUUCCAUCAUAUAUUUUCGUAUAUUUUAUCGUAUUUAGGUUCAGCCCGAUGUGAAUGAUGUGGACUACGGCUCGUCCAGAAAGUACAGAGGAAAGCUGCUCUACUCUCUGGACUACGACUCCGCUCAGUCUGAGGUGAUUUAACUUCAGAUUUAACGUGUAAACCUGUGAUAUCGCAGCAUGAACAACUCCGAACUACAGGGGACUGUUUUAUUUGUUCUCUCCAGGUCGUUGUGGGGAUAAAACAAGCCAACAGCCUGAAGGCCAUGGACCUCGGGGGAAGCUCGGACCCGUACGUCAAAGUCUACAUCAGCCCUGACAAAACCAAAACCUGCGAGACAAAAGUCUUCAGGAACACACUGAACCCCGUCUUCAACGAAAAGUUCAGCUUCCAGGUAGGAAGUUUACGAGAAUUCAUGAGAUGUUUUAAUAAAAGCAUUAAAGAGCAAAAUCUUGAGUCCUGAGGUGAGUGAUGUCUCCUUAGAUGACGAAGACCGCCCUCCUCAAGUCCACGGUGGUGAUGCAGGUGUUCGACUUCAACAGAUUCUCCAAACACAGCAUCAUCGGCGAGCUCCGGGUACAGCUCUGCAACGUCGACUGGAACCACGUCAUCGAGGAGUGGCAGGACCUGGAAGAGGCCUCCAAGUUUGAGGUUUUCUACGUCCUCCAUUGUUUUUUUUAACUCUUGGUGUCCUUGAGAUCAUCGUGGUGUUUUCUAGAGGAAAAAUCUAAAUGAUCUUUCUAUGGCAACUGUCGAUUGAUAAUGGGCUACAAAAUAUUUAAGAACAUCAUCCAACUCGUUUUUCGUGACAUUUUUCCAGAGUCUUAACUUUUUUGAUGAAUUGAUGAGUAUUUUAAAAUAUUCGGUGUAUAUCUGAAGCUCUUCGAUGACUCUCUCUGCAGGAUGGGAGCCUCGGUGAGGUCUGCUUCUCCCUGCGUUACGUCCCCACCUCUGGCAAACUGACUGUGGUGAUCCUGGAGGCCAAAAACCUGAAAAGCAUGGACAUCGGAGGGAGCUCAGGUUUGACGAAACCUUCAAGAGUACAAACUUUGACCUGCUGGGGGCGCUAGAGCUUAAGUCAGAGGAUGACCAAAAUUGCUAAGAUUCAUCCUCUGGAGUAUAUGAAUGGUUGUACCAAAUUUUGCCUUAGAUCUCGCUAUGGUUGUUGAAAUAUUUGAGUCUGGAUCAAAAUGGUGGAAUCAGGUUUCAUCUUUUUUCACAGAUGUCUUAAAUACAUGUCUCUCACUGUUUGUAGAUCCUUACGUAAAGGUUCAGCUGACUCUGGACAAGAGGAAGUGGAAGAAAAAGAAGACGACCAUUAAGAAGAAAACGCUGAGUCCGUAUUAUAACGAGUCCUUCACCUUCGAUGUGACGUUUGAACAAAUUCAGGCGAGUUUCAAGAGAUCAGUUUGACUGCUUUUACAUUCAUUAUCCACAUGUGUUUGUGUUUCUGGUGCAGAACAGAGGCUUCAAAAUGUCCAAAGAGUGCCGUGAAAUCUAGCUUAAUAUAAAUUAAAAAUAUUUUAAGUCAACACAUUCACUUGAAAACCAUUUUCACUGCUGUUACACUCUGUUUGAAGCUCAAAAUCUCUUCUAAUGUUCCCAUAAAACAUACAUAAAAAGUCUAGACCUGACAAAACCUGACUUUUUACUUCUUACAAAUCUACGUUAGGAUGUUAUACGCCUCAAAAAACCCAGCAAACACAAAUAUUUUCUUGGCUCCUGGUCCAAACAGACAUCUGUGCUCCUUUCAUGGAGCUUCUUACCUUGAACCAGACCUGAGACUUUGUUCUUGUCCUCAGAGGGUGAACCUGGUGAUCUCCGUGUGGGACCACGACGCUGUGACCAGGAAUGACGCCAUGGGGAAGAUCUUCCUGGGCUGCGACGCCACGGGGAACCAGCUGAGGCACUGGGCCGACAUGUUGUCCAACCCGCGGCGGCCGGUUGCUCAGUGGCACAACCUGCUGUCGGCCCAGCAGGUGAACUCCACCCUGACCCUGAAGAAGAAGAUCCCCCUCUCAAACAAACUGCCCUUCUGAGGGGAAACCCACUGAGGGGGUCCGGCCCAACACGAACUCUUCAGAUCCGUCAGUGUGAGCACAUUCAGACAGAUGUUAUACAUGAUUUACAUACACAUAACGUUGAAUAACGUUCCUCUGAUUAAACCAGAUUAUUUUGUAUUUUAAUCUUUAAGAUUAUAAAAAUAUUUUAGCACCACUUUUUGUUUUUGAACUUGAGCACUUUCUGUUUCCUGAUUAUUUUGUACUAACUCUUGAGGUGUGUUUAGACUAAAAGCACAUUACCCACCUUAGUUAAGCAGAGGAUCGUUGAGGUGAGUUUGGAGUUUGGAAGCUAAUUUCAUAUAUUUAAAUAUAUAUUUGCAUAUUUGUUUCAAUAUGUCUCAAAAGCUGAAAUUCUGGGGAGAAAGUUCAUAUUUGAAUGUUACAUGAGGGACAAACAGGAAUCACCAGUGACUGUAGAGACCUCACAACCAGAGUGAUCAGGUUUACCUUUAAUUCUGGCUUUUAACUGGUUUCUCCUCCCAAAGAUAAAGGCUUUUUAAAGGUUUUAUCAGAACUGUUUGUGAUUCGCUGUUAGAGGAUUAAAGACCAAAAAAAGCUGGAUUUGCAUCUCAGCUGUUAGCGAAACCUCAAGCUGUUCAUCCAUAAAGACCUUCAGUUAUUCUCAAAUGGUUUCUGUAACGGCGAAAGUUUCCUGUUGUUGUGUAAAAAGUAACACCCACAAGCUUCUGUCUCUCAGAGUGAAGAAAACCUGCAGGUAGAGGCUGAAAUGAUGUUUUUCCCUGGUUACAGUCUGAGAUUCAGGAGGUUUUAAUUUACUCUGUCAGUGUCUCAGGCUGAUAGGAUGACAGAAGGUUUAUUUAUGCUGGAACUCCAGUAGUCGCUCAGAUAUGGAUUCAAUCUUCUUACUUCAUUUCAUCUUUUCUGGAUGAAAUGUUUCAGCUCCAUCAGGACUCGUGGGGGCAGCGUUGAGCAGUGUCGCCAACAGAAUGCAAGGAAGAAGAAAACUCUGGAAAAAUGGCUGAACUCUUUGAGGAAAGGUGGUGCCUGUCGGUUGGGAACAUAAAUUUGAUUUUAUGGUUUCACCACCUUUUCCUUGUCGCUUCAUCUUGUGCCCCCUGAAAAUUAGGAUUGGGGGGUAAAAACGUGAACAUAAAGAACCUCUUCUUGUUUUUUUGCAUCAUUAUGUAGCCUGUUAAAAGUUUGCACCUCCUCAAACUGCCACAGACUUCCUCUAUAAUGUCAUCACGACAUUUGGAGUCACAUUUGAUCCGAACAAACCUUCCCUUCACCUCUUUACCUUAAAAUUAUUCUGCCUGUAACAUAAAACGC